AAAAAAGAAAGAAAGAAGUUGUGGAGUUAUAAAGAGAGAUUGGGUAGCAGGGACGAGGAGGGUUAGGGCUUUAGGGUAGAGAGAGAAAGAGGAUGGAUUUGGGAGCAGAGAAGACGCAGAGCGAGAACCAUAACAGCUACGCGAGAGCUCUCAUAGAUUCUACUAGUGCUUCUUCUGCCGAUGACGAACGCGAGCUCAGAGCUGGACUCCAUCCCCUUAAGAACAAAUUCGUGUUCUGGUACACUCGUCGCACACCUGGAGUUCGAAGCCAGACUUCAUAUGAAGACAACAUCAAGAAGAUUGUGGACUUCAGCACUGUUGAGGGUUUCUGGGUGUGUUAUUGCCACCUAGCCCGUCCUUCCUCUCUGCCGAGCCCGACUGACUUGCAUCUCUUCAAGGAAGGCAUUCGCCCUCUUUGGGAGGACUCUGCUAAUUGCAAUGGUGGUAAAUGGAUUAUACGCUUCAAGAAGGCUGUCUCUGGCCGCUUCUGGGAGGACCUCGUUCUUGCCUUGGUUGGUGACCAACUUGACUAUGGAGAGAACAUAUGCGGGGCGGUACUAAGCAUUAGAUUCAAUGAGGAUAUAGUAUCUAUCUGGAAUCGUAAUGCGUCUGAUCAUCAGGCUGUAAUGGCUUUAAGAGAUGCAAUCAAGCGGAACUUGAAGCUUCCACACAGCUAUGUCAUGGAAUACAAGCCACAUGAUGCUUCACUCCGUGACAAUUCAUCAUAUCGAAACACUUGGUUGAGGGGUUAGCAGUUUGCAAAUCUCUUUUGUUUUCACCUGAUAAGUAUGUGUUACAGAAAAGUGUCCUUCGAAGGCGACUUGUUGCGCAAGGAGUUAUGACCAAAUUAAGAUGAUAAAGAGAGAUCUUGUGAGGUUGGUGGCCAAUCUGUUAAGUUGUUCUGCAACAGAUGUAUUUGUACUACAAGUUACUGAUGGAUUAUCAAACAAAUCUUAUCUCAUUUCUGAUUAAAUGCUUCUCUACUGGACAAGUCUUGUUGAAGCUAGCAACUAGUACCAACCUUUUCUGUUUAGCUCGUAAAAUGUGUGGGAUGCCAUAUUUUCGGUUUUCUAUUUUAGAAAAUGGAAGGUAGUUUUGAGCUACUUUUAGGAUUUUCUGUUCUACGUAAUAUACUGAUGUGUAGGGGUGGGCAGAAAAGCUCAAACUACUGACUUGGGUUGGUU